UCGAAGUUAAAGCCAGGUGCGGGGGUUUCGUAGCUGUUUGAUAGCGCCAUUGUGGAUGCGGCUGCGGCUCCUCUGCGCGUCCCGGAGCGCCUGAGGUCGCCUGAGGUCGCUGUUCUGAGCUCAGCUCCUUCCUCUCUUUCGAUUUCACAGCGAACAUGGAGAAACUCUGCACGGACCCACGAACCAGAGGAGUCAGCACAGGGACCACCAUCCUGGCUGCCAUCUUUGAUGGGGGGGUCGUCAUCGGCUCAGACUCCAGGGCUUCUAUUGGAGGGGAGUAUGUUUCAUCUAAGACCAUCAACAAGGUGAUUCAGGUCCACGACCGGAUCUUCUGCUGCAUGGCCGGAUCACUCGCAGACGCUCAGGCCGUCAUCAAGGCUGCAAAGUUCCACCUGUCCUUCCACAGUGUGCAGAUGGAGAGUCCUCCUCUGGUGAUUGCAGCAGCAUCGGUGCUGAAGGAUUUAUGCUACAAAAACAAAGAGGAGCUGCAGGCCGGCUUCCUCACAGCAGGCUGGGACAAGAAGAACGGACCACAGGUCUACGUCGUGUCUCUGGGGGGGAUGUUGAUCAGUCAGCAGGUGACCAUCGGCGGCUCAGGGAGCACCUUCAUCUACGGCUACGUUGAUGCUAAAUACAAACCCAACAUGACCAAAGAGGAGUGCCUGCAGUUUGCCACUAAUGCUCUCGCUCUGGCCAUGGGCAGAGACAACGUCAGUGGGGGUGUCGCUCACCUGGUGGUGAUAACAGAAAAGGGGGUGGAGCAUGUGGUUGUACCUGGUGACAAACUGCCCAGGUUCCAUGAUGAGUGACCGCCUUGGCUCCUCCUACCAUCAAACCACCAAUGAAAGGACAGAGCAUUUCUUCCACGUAUUACCUGUUUGGUCUGUUUAGCAUGAGUAUGUCAGACACCUGAGAAGCAGGUUAAUAUUCUGGUAUGAUAUACACAGAAAUAAUCAAUAUGAAAUCAUAAUCAGGCUCAUUUUUACAGAAUUAAACCAUCUGCCCUGUUUUGAUGCUGAUGUCAUGUUUUUGUGUUCUUAUGUGGAAAAAAAAAUUAAACAUAUUUACAUUUUC